GCAUAGCACUUACUCACAAUCUAGAUUUGUUGUAGCUGUUUUAGUUCUCACAUUUGAAAGAAUAACUUUACAUAAAAAGUUUGUAGAAAUUUCUUUUAUAUUUAAUAUGAAUAGCAAAGAGACAAAGUCCGACGCGAGUUGCGCUCAGAGCUGUGAGGACGUAAACCGCUGCAACAAUACCACCCCCGAAGACUCCCCUGAACCACAGAGUGCGCCGCCAGAAACUGAGGCCUCGGAUGAUGCACGAGAGGAGCCGCCCAUACGCGUGCGCGACAUGAUUAACCUGUACAAUUUCGCGACGCAAAAGAACCAGGAGCUGGCGCACGCCAAGUCCAUUUAUUUCGGCAGCAACAAGAGCGCAACAUCAAUGGACCUCAGCGACUUGGAACUGGCACAGCAACAGCAACAGCAAGCGGAGCAGGAGUGCUGCGACGGGACAUGCCUUAAGAUUCCCGGUAUGGAAGGUACGGGUAUGGGUCAUGCCGGCGGCAGCAGCAGCCGUAUACACAGCAAGAAAGCGGGCAACUUUCGCGUGACUACAGCGAAUGAUCAGACAUCACUGCGACAGUCGCCGCAGACGGAUGCCCAGAGCGGCGCAUCCGUGGAGAAAUCAUAUCAGAGCAAGACAACAAUUAGACGCACCGAACAGGGCGUUCGCAUCAUCAUAGACAUCUUCUUCGACAAGAAUGAGAGUGAUAUCGACAUCGUAGGCAGCCGUGUGGAGACCGACAUACCAGAGAGUCGUAUCUUGGCCGAUUUCCAGCAACACUCGUUGGCCACGCGCUCCUCCCAGCAAGUGAAGCAACAGCCCAAUGUUUAACUCGUUUUAACUAGUUCCAUUUAGACACAUAUAUACCAUUUGUAGGAUAGGACGUCACAAAAUUCCUUGUUAUGUAUACGUACCGUUGUACAGUUUGUUUGUUCGACAACACGCAUUUAUUUGGUUCAA